AUGGAGGGCUUCGUCAUGGAACUGCAGCGCGAGUUCCCCGACCUGCACCCAGUCACGGCAGAGCGUUUCAUUAUCUCUCAAGACUGCAACAUGAAAGAGGCAAUCAAAGCCAGGAGGGAGUUUGAAGAGAUCACCUACGCCUGGAACAUCCUGACCAACACGGAUAUGCUACAUAUGUUUCAAAUGGGGAUGUUCUACCUACACGGCGUCACACGCGAUAACGCACCGCUGGUGGUGAUCCGCUUUGAACGAUUAAAUUUGAAGUUGAUGAAGCCGAUUGAAAUUUGUCAAUUCGUAGAUUAUGUGCUGAGGCGGAUAGACCGGAUUGCCCCAGCAUACCAGCGUGUGGCUAUUAUCAUGGACUUCCACGGCUUUCAAUACUCCAAGCAGGUGGACUUCGGUUUCUACUCCGAAGCUGCGGGAACGUUAGCCAAGACAAUGGUGGAGGUGUUGGAUAAGGUGUACUGUGUCAAUACACCCCUGACAAUCCGUAGUGUCUGGAUGUUUGUCGCCACGUUUCUCAA